AUGGGAUUCCCCAAGUUUGAUGUCGACAAACUGCGUUGUGUGUCAAUUGUGUUUGGAGCAUUCUGUAUGAUCGCUAUCAAUGAUGGGACAAUGUGUGUUGCUGGGAUUUAUGUUUCAUACUGGAUGCCUGAAAUGAACGCAACUCGAUUUGCGCUCGAUUGGGUUGGAUCAACCCAAAUGGGAUUAGCAUUUUGUCUAGGACCUAUAGCAGGUCAGUUAAUUGCCAAAAUUGGCGCACAAUUUGUCUCACUGAUUGGCGGUAUCUUAUGCCUGUUAAGUUUCCUUGCCUGUGGUUUUACCGUGCAUAUCGCCAUGCUCUACAUAUUUUACGGCAUUCUUAGCGGAAUUGGGAUCGGUCUAGCUUACAUGAGUGCAGUCGUUGCAGUAACGCUGAAUUUUGAAUCCAAACGAUCAAUCGCAAUGGGCAUUAUCACAUGUGGAACUGGCAUUGGUUACAUUUUGAUUCCCUCAUUGGUACAAUCACUCGAAUGGCGAAAAACGAUGUUCGUCCUUGCAGCAAUCACUGUAAAUCUGGGUUUGUUUGGAUUUAUGCUCGUAUCCCGAGUGCAUGUUCAAGUGGCGCGUAAAUCAAUGGUUUUUUCAGCCGGUCCAACUGAUCUGAUGUUUUUGGACGAAGGUAUUGUACGAGAUUUGCGAAUGCCAUCGCAAAUAUUCGGUUCUUCUGCUGCAAUCAAUUCCACACUAAUGUUAAACGAACUGAUUGAUGACAAACGAAUGAAUCAUUUUCUGGGAAAUUUUGGCUCCUUUGUUUACAUGGCUCAGCUGGAUCAGCUUAUUCCAAAAGGUCUGAGACAAAAGCGGAGUCGAUUUCAAUUAUUUACCAAUGUGGACUAUGAUCUGUUACUGAUCGCCACAUUUCUGUUCUCAUUUACAUUCAUGCCCCCAGUCAACUACAUGUUCGAUCGUCUUCGAAUCAAACAAGUCCCGGAAAAUUUUAUCUCCUUAAUUCUAUCAGCCGUUGGGAUUUUUGGAGCCAUAACCCGUCUCGGUGUGGGAGUAAUGGCCUCAUUCAAAUGGUGCAAGAAGCUACCUUUUCUGCUAUUUUGGUUAUUACUUUACACAGUCAUUAACAUGGCAUCAAAUUACAUGUCUCAUUGGCUCCAUUUCGCAGGUUAUGCAGCGCUUCUGGGCUGUUCUUGUGCUUACGUUGUGCUACAACCAAUUAUAAUGGGUGAGUUGGUCCCAAAAGACGACUUGACAACAGCGCUGGGUGUCAGUCUGAUGGCCUCUGGAGCCGGUUAUUUGUUGGGACCACCAAUCAUGUCCGUCGUGUACGAUCGGUGGAAAAGCUACGACAUUUGCUAUGCAACCUGUGCUAUUUUAGUGUUUAUUGCCAGUCUGCACGUCCUGCUUAUCGUCGGUCUACGGAUUCCCGCAUUGCGGGCGGAAGCUCGGGAGCGAAAGUUGAAAAAGCGAUUGGAAGAUGAAAUGAAACAAGUGCACUCAGAUUGCUCCAACCGACUCGUCUUGUCCUCUGUCGGCAACCAAUGA